GCCUGUUCUGCAGAGGAGCUGAGCAGGCAGUGGGACAGGUACAUUGAACACACCCAGAGGAACACCACUGACCUCCACAGGGUCUUCAAUUCUCUCUGGAAUCUGGACAAAACCAAGGUGGACCCUCUGCUCCUCCUGAAAGCAGCUCUCAUCCUGCAGACGUGCCAGCGCUCCCCUCACGUCCUGGCAGGCUGCAUUCUCUACAGGGGCCUGAUUGUGAGCACCCAGCUGCCUCCUCCUCUCACUGCCAAAGUUCUCCUCCAAGGAGAUGAGUCUCCAGACCAGGGGGAGCCUGGAGGUGAGGAGCAGCAGGAGCCUGGUUCCCCGUGGCCCCAGGGUGUCCGUGUCCUCCCCGUGUUCCUGACAGAAGCUGAAGUCUCAGUGCUCCAAGACUUCCCCCUGGAGUGGAGGACCAGGUGCUCAGAAGGCUUUCUCUUUCCAAACCCUUAUGUGGAGGAGCAGGACAGUCCCAGUGAGAGGAAAUGCCUCGUGGACUCUGCAGUGGAGCAGCUCAGUCCCCAGAGCCAGCAAGAGCUGGGCAGAAGGAAGGCAAGUGAAGGAGAUGAGCCUGGGGCUCUGGGGCAGAACAGGGGCUCUGGAGGAAGCAGCAGUGCAGCUGGUGGCACCCUGUGGGGUUUGGAUGGCCCAGGGGCUGCAGAGCUGCAGAGCAGGAGCCAUCAGGCAGGUGCUGAGGCUCAGGAGGAGCUGCCCAGUGACCCAGCAGGGGACACACACUGGCCUGGCAGCAGGGAGAGGGGCUGCCCACCUCAGCUGGAUGGGCUGGGAGCCCAGACUGGUGUGGAGCCAGGCACCCAGAGCAGCCUGGUGAAGAUGAGCCUGUAUGUUCACUGCAUCAAGGGGCUGGUGCUUUCCCUGCUGGCUGAAGAUCCCCUCCAGGAGGACCAGAGCUCCAUCGAGGACGUG